AUAUAGAAAAGUAAUUAAACAGCUGUCAGUUUUUAAAUAAAAAAUUAAAGUUUGUUUAUUCGAUAAAACUAAUUAUAUUUUACACUUUAGUAAAUUGAGGGUGUUUCCUCGCACCUAAGUUAAUCAAUAGGAAAAUGGAAACAAAUAAAUUUUGGUGGAUAAAAACACCACAAAAGAGUAGCAAUGACUCGCCAAAAGAAUCCUUGAUUGUACCCAAGCUUGAUCUCCAAAGUCUUCAUUCAUCGGACAUUUUAAGUGAUUUUCUGAGAAAAGAAGCUCAAUCAAACGAAAAAGAAGAUAUUGAUGUUGGUAGUAUAAUUGAAGAAAUAAAUCGUGUUGCCGCACAAAGUCCUCUCGGUCCUUUUGAGAGAAGUGUCGGCGAACGUAGUAUCGACGAUAUAAUGAGAGAAGCAGAGAAAAUUUAUAUGGAAAGUUCAAAAAGUUUUGAACAACUGAGUCAGAGAUCUAAAACUUCACAGAAUAUAUCAGAUCUGAUGUCUACAAAUUCUAAGGCUUCCACUCCGACUCCUAAAAGUAUUAGUCCAUUGCCAAUUGAUUCGGAUGGUAAAAGUGAUUACAGUUCAUAUAGUGAAGAUUUUUCACAGGAAAGCAAAAUAGAAUCAGAACAGUCAUCUAAGGAAUCAUCAAAACUUGAGCAUUCAGGGCAGGAGUCAGGUAAAGUUGAUGAAAGUCAGUUAAAGCUACCAGAUUCUCCAAGAGAUUACCAAAACUCUUUAGAUACACCAUCAUCAAGGAGUGCAAAGUCUAUCAGUUUAGUAAAAAAUUCUUAUAAACUAUCGCCAUCUUUACCAGUGCAUGUACCUGUAUCUCCUAAAUAUUUAGUAAAUGAUCAGGAUAUAGCUAUAGUUCAAAAAAGAAAUCAAGAUGAUAAUGAAAUAGUGAGUCAGGCUCCAAUACUUGGUAGCUCAAGUAGCAUUAAAAAUCAACAGGAAAAUGAAAAAAAUGGGAUGAAUUCUUCUGAUGAGGAAGUGCAACAUUUGCAUCAGGAGAUCAGUCUUCGAAAUGGAAUCAUUCAAACUUUAGAGGAAGAUAAUAAUAUUCUCAAACAUGACAUUCAGACAAUGAGGACUGAUCUUCAGAAUACUCAGACUCUACUUGAAAAACUGAAAAAGGAACUUAACACAAAAGUUCUUCAAUCGCCUGUUUUAAACAUCGAACUAGAAAAAGCUCUGGAAGAUUUAAAGGAUACCAAAGAGAUUAACACGUCCUUGCAAUUGCAGCUCGACACCGUCAAUAAAACUCAUCAGCUGCUUAAAAGUUCGUACGAGGAUCUCGUCUCUUCCAACAAGAAUCUAGAAAGAAAAGUUGUUGAACUCGAUUCCACGUUAGGCAAGUACAAGGGUGAACUGUUGAACGCCCAGCAAGUGAAGAGCAAACUUAUCGAAAACGAAAUCAACUUAAAUAAGCUACUAGAAAUAGAAAAAUUACAAACGAAAAGUUUAAAAUUACAAAACGAAAAGGAUUCCAAAUGUAUUCAGGAUCUGAAUAGGCAAAUCAAAGAGAUGGAAAGAAUUAUUGCUAGAAAACAUCCUGAUUCUGUGUCGGCUUUAAUAGUAGCAGCAAAGGAGGAUGCCGUGGAUACGAAUCUUUCAGCCAGGCGACUGCUCGAAGAUAGAAUCAAAACAUUAGAACAGGAAGUUUCCAAUAGGGAUUCCCAGUCAUCUAGAGUUUUCUUAGAUAUUCAAGAGAAGUUUAACCAAAUGAAAAAUAAAUACGAGAGUCACAUCGAAGACCUCGAACUUCACGUCAGCGAUUUAAAAGCCCAAUUAAAGACGAAAUCGGAUACUUACGAUGUUUACACACAAACGUUUCUUGAAGAUAAACUUCCCCAAAAGGAAACAUUCAGCGUUGCAAUACAGACAGUUGCUGUGACAACUAAGCCGAAAAAUGUGAUGGCAAAGAAAACGUCUGAUAGGGAGUCUAUCAAAGAAGAUGCGCAUUUACUAGCGACAAUUAGAGGUUUACAAACAGAUUUGUCCAAUAAAGAAAAGGUCAUCGUUAAGCUCCAAAAAGAACUUGAAGAAAGUAAGAAAACAAACCGAAGGUUGCAAAAAGAAAGAGAGGGCAGUUUAAGAAACUUAAGUGAGAGAAAGGACUUCAGAAGCUAUCCGGAAAAAUUGGCAUCCCAAUCUAUGAGAUCAGAAAGUAUACAAGAUUUUCGGAAGGAGGAAGAAAUACAACAAAUGAAAUUAGAGAGAGAUCGAUUGAAACACCAACUUGCCAAGCUAGAGGAAGAUUAUCAGUCAUUAAAAAAGAAGAGAUUAGAUGAUUUAACUGCUCUUCAAGAAGCCCACGAACGAGAAAUAGCUAACUAUAUGACAAGUGUUACGCCUCUGAGGGAACAACUCGAAUUACAACAAGUUACUAUAAAUACUUUACAGACGCAGUUAACAAAAGCCAAAGAAGAAUUGGCCGUUAUUAACGUAGAAAGAGAUCACUUGAACAAUCGCCUCUACAGUUCUGUUCACGACAGCAAAAUGUAUAUGAAAAAUGCCCCUGAACGUGUAGAGCAAGAUAAUGUGGAAAUCGACGCUUUAUUAAAAAAGAUUGCUUUUUUGGAGAAACGGUACGAAGACAGAGAACAUCGUUUGAAAGCAGUAAUCCAAAGUAUAACACAGAAUCCCAUGACCAGUCAAAGUUGCGAUCAGUGCGCUGAACGGCAGAGAGAAUUAGUGGGGUAUAAAAUUGAAUUGGACCAGCUUUUAGCAGCUGUUAGAGCUUUAAAAUAGACUUAUUGGUCUAUUAUUUGACAAAGAAUAAUUUCAGUGAUAUUACAAUUUACUUGAAACCUAGUCAUUCCAAAUUUACAUUUCCUAAUUUUUAGUUUGCUGUUGUAAAUUAGAUUAAGAUAUAGUUGAGUAUAAAAUAUUGCUUAAUUUACAUAAAUUUGACAUGUUACAAGAUCUGUAUAUAUUUAGAAAUUGAGUGAAUAUUGGUAAAGAAGUGUUAAGUAGAGAUAGCAGUUUCCGUCCUUAAAUUUUUAUAUUUCACUUAUUUAUUGUACUGUUUAUUGAAGAAAUUAAACUUGUUUUAUCUA